AUGGCGACCGACACCGGUAACGAGUCGUGGAGAGCCAGUCUCCCACGACCUAAGUUCCGUGCACCAAAGUUCCAAGUGCCUACUCGCCAGUCAUUGGGUUUGACCACGCACGUUGGCUACGACCAAUACAACCCCAACCACGAUGGCUCAGACCAGGCUCGCAAGUCCUUGACCAACCUCGACUACUCUCCAUUGCGUCGCAUCACCCUUGCCUCGCUAUGGAUGGCUCUGUUGAUCUCUAUGGGAGGUUUCAUCUUUGGCUACGAUACUGGACAGAUCAGUGGUUUCUUGGCAAUGCCAGAUUUCUUGGAACGAUUCGGUCUUCGACAUCGUGAUGGGACGUACUACUUCAGCAACGUCCGUGCUGGGCUGAUUGUCGCUCUGCUCUCGAUCGGUACUCUGAUGGGCGCCCUCGUUGGCGGUCCUAUUGCCGAUGUCAUUGGUCGCAGACCAUCGGUCACGGUAUGGUGUGGCAUUUUCUGCGUGGGCAACAUUGUCAUGAUUUCUGCGGACGACAAAUGGUACCAGGUGAUGUUGGGUCGUUGGGUUCAGGGCUUAGGCGUCGGUGCUCUUUCGCUCCUGGUCCCAAUGUACAUGGCAGAGACUGGACCGCGUCACAUUCGUGGUGCUCUAAUCUCGACCUAUCAAUUGUUCAUUACCUUUGGCAUCUUCCUUGCAUCAUGUGUCAAUUUUGGAACCAAUGAGCACCAGCGUGGCAACUCUGGAUCGUGGCGUAUCCCUCUCGGUGUGGGUUUCCUCUGGCCUUUGAUCCUCGGCGGCGGAAUCGUCUUCUUCCCAGAAACUCCUCGCUUCGUCUAUCGCAAAGGCCGCAAGGAAGAAGCCAAAGCUACGAUGAUGAAGGUGUAUGGCGCCCCAGCCAAUCAUUUCGCCAUCCAUGUCGAGCUCGAGGAAAUCGAGCAGAAGCUUCGCGCCGAAGAGGCACAACGCACCCUUGUUGGCGAAUGGAUCCACAUGUUCUCGGCUCCCAAAAUGCUCUAUCGCAUUGCUCUGGGCAUGGCUCUUCAAAUGUUCCAACAGCUCACUGGUGCCAACUACUUCUUCUACUACGGGACCACUAUCUUCCAGGCUACUGGCAUCAACAACUCGUUUGUCACUCAGAUGAUUCUCAACGGCAUCAACUUUGGUUCGACUUUCUACGGUCUCUACAUCGUUGAGCACUACGGCCGCCGCAAGUCUCUCAUCAUCGGAUCUGUCUGGAUGAGCAUGAUGUUCUUCAUCUUCGCCUCCGUCGGUCACUUCUCGCUGAACCGAGACGAUCCUCAAGCGACCGAGUCCACAGGCACUGCCAUGAUCGUCAUUGCCAGUUUGUUCAUCUUCGGCUUUGCGGUGACCUGGGGCCCGAUGAUCUGGACUAUCUGCGGUGAGCUGUAUCCUUCUCGCUAUCGUGGCAAGGGUAUGGCCCUCAGCACGGCUUCCAAUUGGUUUUGGAACUUCCUGCUGGCUUUCUUCACUCCAUUCAUCACCGGCGCCAUCGACUUCCGAUACGGCUACGUCUUCGCCGCCUGCAACUUGGUCGGCGCGUGUAUCAUCUUCUUCUUCGUCAUCGAAGGUCAAGGUCGUACACUUGAAGAGAUUGACACAAUGUACCUGCUCAACGUCCGACCCUGGAACUCCGCCAAAUGGGUCGCGCCUCCACCAGAGGAGAUCGCCCGCAUCCGCAAGGAAGCUGGCACCCACGACGGAGCCCUCGAAGGCGGCGAAGAUGCCAUCGCUCCACACGUGAGCCGUCAGGACCGCGAGGCCGCCGAGGCCGCAGCACUGGAGAAGGAGCACGAGCUCGACCGCAGCAGCGGCGAGACCGACCAACAUCACGCUCCUGCUCCUGAGGUGCAGCGCGAGACCUGA